CAACCGAAGCCAGCCAUGUCACGGCAACAGGAGGAGGAGCGAUCCCCGGCAGCAAUGGACGCCGCGCGGCGCCGCCUCCGCGUCGUCUCCGGGCACUUCCGGCCGCACGCGGACGCCACCGGCGCCGCCCUCGACGCCAACCCCACCGCCGGCGAGUACGCCCACGCGCAGGGGUACGGCGUUGUUCUUCCUGAGAAGUUGCAAACUGGAAAGUGGAACGUGUACCGAUCUUCUCGGUCACCUCUGCGUCUAGUUAAUAGGUUUCCUGGUACUCCAGACAUUGGGACGCUGCAUGAAAAUUUUGUGUAUGCAGUUGAGACUUUCACGGAUUGUAGAUAUCUGGGUACAAGAGUGUCCACUGAUGGAACAGUUGGAGACUACAAAUGGAUGACAUAUGGAGAAGCUAGUACGAACAGGACUGCAAUAGGUUCUGGUCUUAUCUAUCAUGGAAUACCAGAAGGUGCACGCAUUGGUCUGUAUUUUAUAAACAGACCUGAGUGGAUCAUAGUUGAUCAUGCUUGUGCUGCAUAUUCAUAUGUAUCUGUGCCACUGUAUGAUACUCUAGGUCCAGAUGCAGUUCAGUUCAUUGUGAACCAUGCAACAGUAGAAGCUAUUUUCUGUGUUCCUCAGACACUAAGCACUCUGCUAAGCUUCGUAACUCAAAUGCCAUGUGUUCACCUUAUAGUGGUAGUUGGUGGAGAUGAUGCGAAUACGCCACCUUCAACUGAAACUACUGGAGUGAAAAUUAUAACUUACUCCAGGCUACAGAGCGAGGGAAAGAUGAGUUCUCAAACUUACCGUCCUCCAAGACCUGAAGAUGUCGCUACCAUCUGCUACACUAGUGGCACUACUGGCACACCGAAGGGAGCUGUUCUUUCUCAUGAGAACUUAAUCGCAAAUGUAGCAGGAUCGAGCCUGGGUAUUAAGUUUUACCCCUCCGAUGUGUAUAUCUCAUAUCUACCUUUAGCUCACAUCUAUGAGAGGGCCAAUCAAAUUGCACUGCUUCACUAUGGUGUUGCCAUUGGAUUUUACCAAGGGGAUAAUUUGAAGCUGAUGGAUGAUUUGGCUGCUCUGAGACCAACCGUAUUCGCAAGUGUCCCCCGGCUAUAUAACAGAAUUUAUUCUGCAAUUACAAAUGCUGUGAAGGAGUCCGGUGGGUUGAAGGAAAGAUUAUUUCGUACAGCAUACAAUGCCAAGAGGCAAGCAAUUAUUAAUGGAAGAAAUCCAUCACCAAUGUGGGAUAAGUUGGUAUUUAACAAAAUAAAAGCUAGGCUUGGUGGACGAGUGAGGCUUAUGACUUCAGGCGCAUCUCCAUUGUCCGCAGAUGUAAUGGAAUUCCUAAGAAUAUGCUUUGGUGGUGAUGUUCUUGAAGGAUAUGGAAUGACAGAGACAUCUUGUGUCAUCACUACAAUGGAUUUUGGUGACAAGUUAAUUGGUCACGUUGGAUCACCAAACCCCUCUUGUGAGGUUAAACUUGUGGAUGUCCCAGAAAUGAAUUACACUUCUGAGGAUCAACCAUAUCCUCGUGGAGAAAUCUGUGUUAGAGGGCCUUCCAUAUUCUGUGGUUACUAUAAAGACGAAGUCCAAACAAGAGAUGUCAUUGAUGAUGAUGGUUGGCUGCACACUGGAGACAUAGGUUUGUGGCUGCCUGGAGGGCGUCUGAAAAUUAUUGACAGAAAAAAGAACAUUUUCAAGUUAGCUCAAGGAGAAUACAUUGCUCCAGAGAAGAUUGAGAAUGUUUAUGCUAAGUGCAAGUUCAUUGCCCAAUGUUUUGUAUAUGGUGAUAGUUUCAACUCUUUUCUAGUUGCCAUUGUAGCAGUUGAACCUGAUGUUUUGAAGGCUUGGGCUGCAUCACAAGGAAUCCAGAACGAGGAUUUAAGACAGCUUUGUGCUGAUCCGAGAGCAAAAGCUGCUGUCCUGGCUGACAUGGAUUCUAUUGGAAAGGAGGCACAGCUAAGAGGUUUUGAAUUUGCCAAAGCUGUUAGUCUUGUUCCUGAACCAUUCACAGUGGAAAAUGGUCUCCUCACCCCCACGUUCAAGGUCAAAAGACCACAAGCUAAGGCUUACUUCGCAAAAGAACUUGCAGAUAUGUAUGCGCAACUGCGUGAGGCCGAAUCAGCUAGACAGAAGCUGUAAUUACUCACUAGAUGUCCAGAAUUAAGUUUCAACCAAAGAAAGAACUGCUACACACAAAAUAAGUGGAUUUUUGUACCAGCACAGCAAGCACUUGUGGCAGUAACUCUUGAACUGGUCGCUCCAUGAGCAGGAAUAACUUCCACCAGUCAACAGUCAGGAGUGGUGCUGGGUGUGGUUAUCCUUAUAAAGGAAUGAACUGAAGGCCCCAAAAUAAACAUUUGUUCAUUACUUUUAUAUAGAAUACAGUACAUGUCUUCCUGAUGUUGCAGAGGUAAAAAGAAGGUGAAGACACCUUAUACCUGUAAUUUUGUCAAGAACACUCUGUAACAAUCAUGUUCAAUGGUCAUGUACUAUAUUUGUAGAUUUACGGCAAAUGUUUAGCCAAAUAUCUCUACCUUGGUUCAUUAGGACUGUAUACGAUUGUUACUCUGUUAGGACGGUCCAGAAGCUCGACUAUACAUGUAAAAGGUUAUACCUUAUGCAAGUUUUAAAAAAGUUGUUUCUUAUGCA